CUAUAACUCCACUGCCUCGACGAGCUGGUGCACUUUGGGGCGCUGAGGUCUGAAGCCAGCGUCACCCGGAGCAGGGCAACAGCUUCGACAGACCGAGCAGGCAACGCAGCGGAGCUAGCUUCCGGGACUCGGCUAGCAGAGCCGGGAGGCGGUGGCGGCUAAACACAACUUUGUAGUGCUGUCUUCUCUGUUGCUCUCCCGGCGGGCACUUCUCCGGAGGGUCCGGGUACCUGGGACCAGUGUGCGCCAGCGACGAGCACGCCACGCAAGGGAGGAGGAUGAUGAUGUCCCUGAACAGCAAGCAGGCGUUCAGCAUGCCGCACGCGGGCAGCCUGCACGUGGAGCCCAAGUACUCAGCUCUGCACAGCGCCUCCCCGGGCUCCUCUGCGUCCGCCGCGCCCUCGGCGAGUUCCCCCAGCAGCUCCAGCAACGCUGGCGGCGGCGGCGGUGGCGGAGGCGGCGGAGGCCGGAGCAGCAGUUCCAGCAGCAGCGGCAGCGGCGGCGGGGGCUCCGAGGCGAUGCGGAGAGCUUGUCUUCCAACCCCACCGAGCAAUAUAUUCGGCGGGCUGGAUGAGAGUCUGCUGGCCCGUGCGGAGGCUUUGGCCGCCGUGGACAUCGUCUCCCAGAGUAAGAGCCAUCACCACCAUCCGCCCCACCACAGUCCCUUCAAGCCGGACGCCACUUACCACACCAUGAACACCAUCCCGUGCACGUCGGCCGCUUCUUCUUCAUCUGUGCCCAUCUCGCACCCAUCCGCGCUGGCAGGCACCCACCACCACCAUCACCACCACCAUCACCACCACCACCAGCCGCACCAGGCGCUGGAGGGCGAGCUGCUGGAGCACCUGAGCCCCGGGCUGGCCCUGGGAGCCAUGGCGGCCCCCGACGGAACGGUGGUGUCCACUCCGGCUCACGCAUCGCACAUGGCCACCAUGAACCCCAUGCACCAAGCAGCUCUGAGCAUGGCCCACGCUCACGGGCUGCCCUCGCACAUGGGCUGCAUGAGCGACGUGGAUGCAGACCCGCGGGACCUGGAGGCGUUCGCCGAGCGCUUCAAGCAGCGACGCAUCAAACUGGGAGUGACCCAGGCAGAUGUGGGUUCGGCACUAGCCAACCUCAAGAUCCCGGGCGUGGGCUCGCUCAGCCAGAGCACCAUAUGCAGGUUCGAGUCGCUCACGCUAUCACACAACAACAUGAUCGCUCUCAAGCCUAUCCUGCAGGCGUGGCUGGAGGAGGCUGAGAAAUCCCACCGUGAAAAGCUCACCAAACCGGAGCUCUUCAACGGCGCGGAGAAGAAGCGCAAACGCACGUCCAUCGCGGCGCCGGAAAAGCGCUCCCUGGAAGCCUACUUCGCCAUCCAGCCAAGGCCCUCCUCCGAGAAGAUCGCUGCCAUUGCCGAGAAACUGGAUCUCAAGAAAAACGUGGUGCGCGUCUGGUUCUGCAACCAGAGGCAGAAGCAGAAGAGAAUGAAAUAUUCCGCCGGCAUUUAGGGAGCCUUCUCCAGGGACGGCCCUUUCCCUUCGUCCUCUCUUUUCUUUCCCCUCUUCUCUUUCUGCCUCUUUUCUUCCCACUUUGGCUAUCAGAAACAAUUCCGGUAAAUGUGAACCAUAACAAGCCAAGAUCAAGGGAACGAGCAGCUGAGCCCACAUUAAAGAGAAUGUGAACCGGUUCGGCAAAGUGAAGAAAAACAAAAGAUGGAAUUUGCCAAGUUGUAGCAGACUUGUCCCUUUAACCGCACCUCGGCUGCUGGGCUUCAUCAAAGGAAGCGUGGAGCUAGCUGUCAGCUGGAAGGCAGAGCGACAGGGUUUUGAAAACCUCACAAGUUCGAGCAAGUAAGAUUUGUUUUUAUUCUUACAGACGUCACCCUUGUUCACGUUUAAAAGUACACUUUGCAGCUAUUUUUCAGAAAUAGAAAUUGAUUCAGUACUGAAACUCGAAGCUAGAGUUGAUGCUUAAAAUGUGAUAUGUUAGAGACAUCUCUAAAGUAUUUUGAAUUUAAAAAAAGAUGGCAGAUUUUCUGCGUUUACACUGUAUAUUAUAUAUAUAUAUUUUUAUUGUGGUUCUUACCGCUUUCUUCCCGAUCUGAAGUGUUAAUGCUUAAGGAAGGAGUUGCGCCUGCUGUGUUCACUGAUCUUGACAGUUAUUAUUAGAUUAUUGCCGAACAACCUUCUGUAAAUUAUUAAUUUAUCUCUCUGGUAACUUAAUUUUGUGCACAUCCUAAUUAAUUAAACUUCUUUAGUCUGAAAAAUAAAACCGGGGGUACGUAUAACUGCUGAUGCUCAAACAUUUUUUUUUAAAUGAGUUUACUGGAUUUUUCCAGUUUCCCUCUUGGAAUGUGUUCCCUUUAGCCUAUUUGUAUAUUCUCACUUUGAAUGAAGGUGGUCUUCCCCCUUUGUUUUAACUGGUAGUGUUCUGAUUUGUGAGUUGACACUCAGUAAUGGAUGUCUUAAUCGUGUAGACCUGACUUACUGUCCAAAGUCUUGUUUACUUCCUUACAUAUUUAAUGGGGAUUCCCACAUUGUCCCCAUGACACACGCGUUCUCUCACCCACACUUACAUGCCUACACACAGACACACACGCCCCUAACAGAGGAGAAGAGCAGCUGGAAGCAUGACUGACGACCAGGGCAUCCUUCUGCAGCCUUGGGUGCAUUGUCCACUGUGUGCUUGCUCUGCUGGUUCUGAUUUCACCAAGGUAUUUCAAUUUUCCAGUUUUCAAAUUGCUUUGCUGCUACAUUUUGACAUUAAUGUCAGUUUUUCCUUUUAGGGGGUUUGCUUGUAGGAAAAAAAAUGAAUUUGAACUAUAAGAAAAACAGUGCACUGCUUGUAAAUUCACACUGUUUCAUAGAAUUCCUUUGGAGCACACACAAAAAUAGGUGCACGGUGACUGGUACCUUAUCCAUUGUAAAUAUUUCAUUCAAAAUGAUGCACAUAUAGAUAUAUUCUUACAAAAUUUGCUGUAAUUGCUGAUCCAUUUGCAUCUCUCUAAAGUCCUGAGUUCUGUAUAUGACCUGAUUUCUUGUUUUGUUAAUAGGUUGUUUAUUUACUAUAGAAAUGUAUUAAGUUAUUUUGGGUGUUGUUUGAUUGUCUUUCACCUAUGAGAAGAUUUUAAUGUUUUACUGGCAAAGUAUGCUGCUUUUUUCAUUAAAAUAUGCUAUUAAUAUUAAAUGACUUUUAA